AUGGCUAUUUGGACCCUCUUUCGUUGGUCAAUCCUGCCCGUAGUGGUGGUCAUCGCGGCUGUGUCGCCAUCGUCCGUCGAGAACCUGUCGCACCAACGCCACGAGAUCUGGGUGACCAGCGCGUACACCUUCGCCACCACCUCUGCCCCCUGUCUCUCUGGACCCCUGAACGUUCAGUGCACUGUGGCUAAGACUGUCAGCCAGCGUCAAACCGCGGUCUACAUAACCGAGUUCGAUAAGCGUUUCAAGGUGGUGGCCAUCCUGCCAGACGGUGGAGGAAGCCACGGCCAUCCUCCAGCCGAGCAUGACGCAAUACUUGUCUUCGACCCGUUUCCGCAAGCUUCGUUUGGUCACUUCAUCUGGCUCUUCGCCGUCGAUCACAUGCAACGAGCCGAAGACUGUGACCAGCACAACGGCGUCUACGUAGAUAGCCAUGGGGACUGUCUUCAGCUGAUACUCAAGGACGGUUGUCGUCACUUAUUGAGACAUCGCAGGAACAGAUUCUACGAUCGCUCGGAAAAACGCUGUCAAAUGGACUUUCUUCCGCUGGUUCUGGCUCGAAAUAGCAACUCCAUUGCCGACAGAGAGCCGUUCUGGACUGCUGGCGGCAGCCAGCUGCUGAAGUGUGCGGAGCUGUCCAACUUUGCUCCGUGUCCAGAGGCUUCAACAACCCGCCGAACGGCUGAAAAGCCGGUCGAAGACGGAUUCGCCGAUGCCGUGCAGAGCCGCGAUGAACCGGCGAUGCGCUGUCGACUGUUCGAAAUCUGUGAUCACGCCGUGAUUUUGCAAGGAAGUUGGAGCCACCUGCAGCCCUCGCCGGCUGACGUGACUUUACACCGGGACAUCGUCGACUUCCUGUCCAGACACGGCUUCGUCGAUGAGAACGUGAAAUACUUCACUUCUGUUCAGCAUGCAGCAGGAAACACGCUGGCCAAUAAGAAAUCUAUGAGGACAUACCUCAGGGAAAUGUGCAGCUCCUUUUACUGCGUCGACAGUCUAGUCAUAUUCAUUCAUGGCCCGGCAAUGUACACUGAUCGAUUGUCGAUUUUGCUGUCAGACCACAACAACAACGGAAUCGCUGAUGAUUCAGAGACGUACUCAAUCCAGGAGCUGCUGGAAGACACAGCCGACUGCACGGCAAAUAAUCUCUAUUUGAUCGCGGACCAUUCGUACAGCGGAAAGUUAGUCUCACAGCUUCGCUUGUCUACGCGCCAUCAGAAUGUAAUCGCCGUCACCAGUGGCGGUUCAGAUCAGUUUUCACCAAACUCUAGGUUCAUCAGGCUGUGGUUAAAAAACGACCAUAAAAACAGCUGCUUCAAGGAUGUGUUCCAGGUUAGUAAAGUAAACGGUUAUCAUAUACGCUGCAUUAGCACUCAACUGUAGUC